GCCAACUUGUGUCAAUGGAGUAUUUGUCUUCGCUAUGGCUGAUAGGGGGUAAUGCAACAAGACCCUUCAUAGGCAAUUGAACACGAUAGAAAAGUCAUUCGACAAUCCGCCUCUCCCUUCACAUCCUCCCAACCUACCUCCUCCCCCAACAUGACUAAACCCUCUCCGCCGCAGGCCUCAAAUCCAACUCAUGCGUCCACAGCUCCACCCUCUGCCCAUGCAGCCACAGAUACGUCUCCCCAACCCCAUUACUACUCAUCGUCCUCCCCCGAUCCUGCCGCCACGCCAUGCCCAUCCCCAAUCGCCCCAUUCGCAAUCGCAUGCACAACAUGCAUGCACGCCCUUCUCACUGAAACUCGCGCGCCAGCGCCUGGCUCAACUGCCGCACCCCGGCCCGGCCCGCGCCAUCCAUAGCUCGCGUUACACCGCAGCGCGUCCCAGCGUGCCCGUGAAGAUCAACGUCCCUUUCUUCGACGGCGACGGCGCGCUAGCGUCCUGGAGUGUGGCUUCGCCGUGGUCGGCGAAGAAGCGUGCGAGGGGAGAGAGCUGUGCGAAUUGGAAGGCGCUGCCGAUGUAUUGUGUGAUGCUGUCUGUGAAGUCGGCGUGUGUUUCCUGCGUGAAGGGUUUUUUUGGCGGGGUGUUUGGUGCUGUGGAUUGCUAUGUUGAGCUUUAGGCUGGUGAAGCUGGGGUGCGAGGAGAUGCUGGCGAAGGUGUUAAUACGGGAUCGGACGGGGUUUGCUAGUGGAUUGCAAUAUAGGUUUCUCAAGAUGAGAAAAGCGAGGCCGUUCGGCGCCACAUUAUGGAUCAUACCACGUAUAUGAAGUUUUCCUGGUUCUCAUAACAGCAAGCUCCGAUCAUGACGUCGGAGGCCAUGUGCAUC